AUGGAUCACCAAUAUCUUACACUCUCUUCGCGAACACGUGUUCUCGAGCAAAGAUUCUUUUCUGCUCGUAUAGCGCAGUUUCACAGACUGCACACAUCCUUAUUCAGUCAAAUCAUCGAGAAAGAUGAUAAAAUAGGAGCGUUAAAAAAACAAAUCAUGGAUUUAAAAAACAAGCUGGAAGAAUUUGAAAAACAAAAUGUGGAAAUCGGCAGGAUUGACAGUAAUUUACGCACAGAGCUUGCAGCACUUAAUAAGAAUAUAAAGAAUUUGCAGGUAAUUAAUGAGGAACAGAAACGGAGAAUUGAGAGCCUAAAUAUUGAAGUUGGACGUGGUAAAAAUGUACAGGAUAAAGCAGUUAAUACUAAAUUGGACAAAUUAAAGAAGGAAUUAGACAAAUUGAUGGAGGAAAAUGACAGAUUAACCCACAGAAACAAAGAGUUGACGGAUAAAAAUGAUAAAUUAUCAGGUGAGAAAACGCAUUUGAAGAAAGGAGCAGGUUUGGAAAAAAAGUGUACAGAGAUUACCAACAAGUACAAUGAGUUGAUGAAAAAGUACGAUGAUUUAGCCAAAGUCAAUCAGAAACAGUUGGGCGAGUUCAAAUACAGGAACACAUUACUAGAAGAGAAGAAUGCUUUAGAAGAAAAUUAUCGGGAUCAAAUUGCUAGUUUAACGGAAAAAAUGAAGGAACAUGAAAGUUUGACAGUAAAUUUCAAGAUAGAUAGAAUAAAGUACGAAGAAAAGAUAGACGAGCUGACCAAGGAUAAUAUGAAACUGGCUAAGAGAAUAAAAACUGAGAUAGCGUCUAGAUUAGAAGAUAAAGAAGAAUAUAGAAGGAUCCUGGAGGAAGAAAAGUGUAGAUACAAUGAUAUGCUUGAGAAGAGAGUACCACAAAAUCGGAAUGUUGUUGAUCAAAAAGAAAUUGAAAAGAAAGAAACAGAGAUAAAGAAGUUAAAAGAUGACUACGAAUACAUGAAAAACAGUUUACACCAGAAAGAGGAAAUAGUACAGCUGCAGAAUAAAGUUAUAAAACAGUUGGAGAACAAUAAUUUGAAAAUGAAGAAGGUAUAUGGAGGCGAGCAAUACGACAACGAUCUUGAGUCUUCAUUGGUUUUGCUUAACAGAAAGAUAAAUGCUAAUGAGGAGCAAUCGCUGAAGGCCGAAGAAAAACUUAAUAAAUGUUUUGCGAUGAGUGGUACGGCUGUAAAAACCGACGAGAAGAAAAGCAAAAAAACGGCAAAAGACCUUAAAGCUGAAACUGUAAAAACUGUAAAUACCAAACCCACGAAAAAGAGGAAAACAAAUGUUAAUAACGUCAAACAUGUGAAUGAAGGACAAGAGAAAGAAAGCCAAAACAAAAGAAUACCGUUUGUUCUGCCGAAAGUUUUGACGAGAACAAAACCAGAAGUAACCAAGAGGCCAGCAGAAGAGAAGAACAUAUCAUUUUUUCAGAAUCUUACAUUUUCUGAUUCAAGUCCUAUAAUAAAAAAGCCAUUUUUUAAGAAGCCAUGAUGCGCUAAUUAAAGAUGUUUCUGCAUUUCACAUGACUUAACGGUAAAUAUUGCUUGUUUUGUUUCAAAACGAAGUUUUUACCAAGAUUGCGUAGCUGCACUAUGAAUGAACAUUAUUGAAUUGCGUAGUCCGGUUAAGGAUCAUAUUAGUCACUGAACUGAGCUCUUUAUCUUCUUAAACAGCUAGAGCACUCCAUUCGAGAGGUAAAACAUAAUUUUUGUUAAGUUAUCUGAGAGGAUAAAU